UCAUCGCGAACAGGUCAUUUGCGUAGUUACCCGAACCGCUCAAUAAGAGCAUAGUGAAUAACUAACAAUUUGAUGUACGCGUAAACGGUGUAUGUAGUUAGUUCAUUAGUAUUAAACCCACGGGAGUCCGGUUGGUUCUACCCGGUUUUCCCAGUGUUUCGGCGUACGGUCUUUGUGACGUGUUUAUUGUUUUGCUUCACACGAUGUAAAAUAGUUUCCAUUCACGGGUCGUCAUCGCAGUGAAGCAUCAGUACGUACAGUUACUACAUAAACAGUUGGCACAAUAAACAGCAGCCAUUUGCAUCGGUGUAAUCCGGCCCAAAGUACAUACCGUUCAACAUAAAUAGUGAUUUGUUUAAGCAGUUGUAAACACAUUCCGGGCCGGAUCGUGUCGCAGUGUGUAUGUAUACAUACUCGUCUGUUUCUACAUCGAUACUUUAUUGUUUGACGACGGUCUGCUCUUCACUCUGUCUUCGGGCUAUCGAAGCAAGUUGAUCGUCAGCUCGUUCAAGUCCACGAGUCCCAGCCGUCGUUCCAAGCUGCGCUGACAGUCCACAGUCCACGAGAGCCGCCGCCAGUCGCCGGAUUGAGUGCUUGGUAUUCUAGGCACAACCACAGGCGAGCCACUCGAUCGAUCAACCAACCGACCGACCUGCAUCUCAGCCAGCGUUAGUCUAUUCCAGUGCUUCUCGGUGUGAACAUCGAACAACCGCCUGGUCCGAACGAGAUUUUUUUUUCUCUGCUAACCUCGCCGAACCGCUUGCGCUUGUUGGCCAAAAAUCUUCCCGUUUCAGUUUUGCGAAUGCCAACCAACCGCGGAUAGACCACCAAUCACAGUGUGGGAAUCGACGAAGAAAAGUGUUUAUUGCGCAAAAGCAAUUAGUGUUGUUACCUGCAGUCAAUUGUGAUCAAGUUUAGAUUCGGUACGGAGUGCUCUCUGUCUCUUUCUCUAGUUGUACCGUACCGCGGAGGUGUGGGUUAAUAGUGAAGGCGCGCUUGAACGAUAUUCAUUAGAAGGUGAGGUUCCGUGGUGACCUAAUGUUUGCGCGGUACAGGUCAUUUGAAUGCCAAUCUUAGCCACGUGGUGAAUCAUACUGGUACCUAGCGUGAAUAUAGGAAACAGGAAAAACAACAGUUUCGAAGAUGAGUGUAAGCAGUUUACUGCGGGUUGUGCUACUGGUUUUCACACUAACCGCGGGACUUCGGCCCGUGAUCUGCAAUGACAACCUGCGGGUAGCUUAUCAGUGGAAUCAGAUCGAUUUUGAGUUUCCCAGCGAGAAGGAGCGGGCGGACGCCAUCCGUUCGGGAGACUACAUCACGGAGAAUGUGAUUCCUGUCGGGCUGGAAGUGUACAAAAAGCGACUAUUUCUUACGUUACCACGGUGGAAAACUGGAAUUCCCGCUUCGCUGGCUUAUAUCAACAUAAACGAAACCGGCACUCAGUCCCCGAAGCUAAAACCCUACCCCAGCUGGAAUGCCCAUCGACAGAUGGGUGACGAGGAAGCACCGGAAAUCGUAUCCCCCUUCCGGAUACGGGCUGAUCGCUGCGGUCGACUCUGGGUACUGGACACCGGAGUGUCCGACAUUCUUGGCGAUCUGAAGGUUCAAGCUCCUACCUCGCUGCUGGUGUACGAUCUACACAAUGACAAUCUACUUCGGCGGUACAAAUUUCCCAAAGAUCACAUCAAAGAGAGUUCCUUCUACGCAAACAUUGCCGUCGAAGAUACGGAUUGCGACGAUACGUUUGCCUAUGCCGCGGAUCUUGGAGCUCCCGGGUUGGUGGUCUAUUCCUGGAAGUUGCAGGAAUCGUGGCGUAUUAAGCAUCACUUCUUCCAUCCGGAUCCGCUGGCCGGAAAUUACACGAUCACUGGAAUCUCAUUUCAGUGGGAUGAUGGUCUGUUCGGAAUAGCACUGUCUCGACCGCAGAAUGACAACUUCUCGACACUGUACUUCCACCCGCUGAGUUCGACAAACGAAUUUGCAGUAUCCACCAGAAUACUCCGGAAUCAAACGUUGGCGACUUCGGAUAAAAUCUACCGUGAAUUUAAAGUUUUGGGAUCUCGAGGUCCUAACGGACAAGCCGGUGUUGCCUUCCUCGAUCGGAAGACCGGAGUAAUCUUCUACGCUCUUCCGAAUUUGAACGCCGUAACGUGCUGGAAAACAUCCAACCGAGCAUACACCAUCAAAUCGCUCGGCCGUGUGUACAUGAGUGUUACGGACAUGGUCUUUCCCAACGACGUCAAAGUAGACGAUGAAAGCAACCUGUGGGUUCUAUCCGAUCGGAUGCACCAGUACAUGUACUCCAAGCUGGAUCCGAAGGAUACUAACUUCCGUAUUUUGACGGCCACCGUGAAGGAUGCCAUCGAAAAUACUGCCUGUGAUCCGAAGAUUAAACCACUGCCGGACAUCAUCACCAAUCUGGGUGACAUUCUGCGGCCUUCGACGUCCACCGUGUCACCCAAGUCGAAAUCCGCCGCUUCGAUGGUGCUGAUUUCGCACGUGCUGCUGGCAAUCGGAGCCCUGGUCAAGCUGUUGCUGUAGGCGCAGGCAGCUGUUAUCCUAAGGGGAAAGUGGUGCUCAUAAAUCUGUUCUUAAAAAGCUUUCUAAAUUUUUUUCCUAAGGCUAUCAACUAUUGACUGUUAAUAUUUUUAUUAUAAUAAGACAUUUUAAUUUCAUGAUAGAAAAAAUCCUAGAGAGCACUACGUAAAUUAAGGGAACAGAACACAGGAAAUAACUCAAAAACAGUCACAUAAUUUUAAGUGAAGGCUCUUAACUGUGCAACUUCAGGAUCGUAGGUUAAGCUAAAGGCAGAGCUUUUGUAAAUUAUUUUCGCUGAUAGGUAAAGCUUAAACUAGAGUGAAACGUUAGAACUGUCGCAAAAAGCAACAGGCUUGCACCGCGGGAUUACCACAAGUAAUAAGUGUUGUAUAAUCAGUAUUGGAAACGAACAAUCACAGUCUUGUUUUAAAACAAAUGUAAAUUAUAUGAUUUUAAUUAUUCUACUAGAGUUUACCGAUCGAGGAAAGUUUUUAGAACAAACGCAUUCUAGUGUAUAUUUAAAAUAGAUGAAAAAAGUGCUAUAGUAGCUCUAAUCAGUUCAAACUACUCGAAAUUGGCAUUGACCAGUGGAUAGAAAAGGUGCAGAUUUGCAAACUAUUGCAAAGUAGUGCCAGUGCAACAAAAUCACCGCCAACAAUCAAAUGCUUUCUGUGUACGAAUUAAACCGUCCAAGUGUCAUAUUUGCGUUAUCAGUCAUCGUUAGAAGUGAAAUAUAUUUGUUGCGAGAUUCAA